AUGUCCAAGAUACUGACUCAGGAGCACGCUCAGGCCACUACGAAUCACCACAAUGUCUCGUUUCCGGAGAUUCGAACCUACAGCACCCGCUCGUUAAAGGAUCCAACUACGCAGAGCCUCGCCAAAUGCCUACAGAAAAACCAUACCACAUUUUCCGCUCUACGUGACCCUCAACUCCUGUUCCACAACCAUAUGCCACAUAUUCUUGGUUCAGCUUAUUAUCUGGGUGCGACUCCGGACAAACUCGAAGAGAUUUGUGAAGCUGAAGGUCAAUCUUUGAGGCCUGUUGGCACGGUCCCAUUGCGCGAGCAGCUGACCGAGGAGACUUGGAGGGAGCACCUUGGCGACAAAUCUUAUACUGUCUCCUUCGUGAAAUUUUUCGACGAUCAAAUCGACAAGAACCAAGGUGACUGGAAGCAAGUCAUGCAAGGGUACCUGUACUCUUCGAAGACGCCCUUAAUCAAUGGAUUUUGUGGCGGACUCGGACACCCGUUCAUCCACCUCCACUACGCUUACGAAUUCGACAGCAAAGAGGUGGCGUCUGAGGCACUCAGCCUCGGUUGCACUGAAUAUGACUUCGUUCAUCGCUACUUCGACGAGCCUGUCCCAGACACGUCUACCUACAAAACGAAGCACCUUCAGGAAGUGCUAGGGAAGGUGCGGCAAGACAAGCGUUUUGACGGUCGUUUCGAACUACCCGGCUUCCUCAACACGUUCACUCUGCAUGAGAAAUGUGAAGAUGCAAUUCUUGAACACUGGAACGGGUGGUUGCUGGACGAUUACAGUCAACAAUUCGAGGAGGUAUUCGACUUUGCUGUCCGUGUUGCAGUCCAGACCGCCAGCGCCCGAGUUCAGUAUGAUUUCUUCCUGAUCCACGUACUCACCGUUGCACACGCGUUGCGUGUCAUUCUACCGUAUGCGCCGGAGGAGCAUCGUAACCCUAUCCUCAAGCAGUUUGCUAUGUGGGUGGUUAUCGUGUACUGCGCUCAACUGAGGCGACGGAUCUAUGCAGGAUCAAUCGAUGCGGUAGAUUUGGAUGGUCGUGACUGGCAAUGGGUGCAGGAGAAGGCGUUGACGAGUCAGUGGUCGCUUGAUUCGCACUACGUCAAGGUUGUUCGUGCUCUCAAGUUUGGUGCCGACUUGUACGGGGAGAAAGAUGGGUGGUAUUUGAAAGCCGCAGUCAAAUUCGUCUCCGAGUUCAACGAGUGGACGGGUUUUGGAGCGGGCGUGGAAGGGAUGGAUGGGGGAUUGCACUGA